AUGAGUGGCGAACCAGGUAUAUUGAUCGAUGAUCCUGGUUUAUUAGCCUUCCAACAGAGUCAGGAGUUAGAAGGAGCUGAAGGGGGACUAUCCAAUGGAACCAUGAACGGUGACAGAGGAGUUGGAUUACCAUCUAAUAUUACUCCAGAUGUGAGGGGGCGAGGAGGUAUACAACUUAAUUUGAAUCAAUGGCUGAGUCAGCCAUUUCACCUGUCCACCUGCAAUGAUUCAUCUGGUGCAUUGCCUAACAUGGCUGAAGUAUUUUAUAUAGGCAAGACGGACAGGAGACUAAAUGAACGCAUGUAUGAACACUUGUACUCGAUGAAGAAGGUUAAACUGGACAAUGCCCUGGCAAAACGUGGUAAUGAUAAUCCUGGACAUGAGUUCACCUUCAUGUUCAACCACACAGGACAGGGAAGCAUUUGUAGUCAAGCAAUAAUGCUUGUCACUGAUGGAGCUGUGGAUACCUAUGAUGCAACAUUUGCAAAGUUUAACUGGCCAGAUCGAAAGGUUCGAAUAUUUUCCUACUUGAUAGGACGGGAGACUGCUUUUGCUGAUAACCUGAAGUGGAUGUCAUGUGCUAACAAAGGUUUCUUCACUCAGAUAUCAACUUUAGCCGAUGUUCAAGGAAAUGUCAUGGAGUACCUCCAUGUUCUAAGCAGACCCAAAGUCAUAGACCAAGAGCAUGAUGUUAUAUGGACAGAAGCAUACAUUGACAGUACUCUUCCUCAGGCACAAAAGCUUGCUGAUGACCAGGGUCUUGUUUUGAUGACUACUGUUGCCAUGCCAGUGUUCAGUAAGAAAAAUGAGACAAGAACAGAAGGGGUACUUCUAGGAGUUGUUGGUACAGAUGUUCCAGUUAAAGAACUUUUGAAGGCUAUUCCAAAAUAUAAGUUAGGUAUUCAUGGAUAUGCAUUUGCAAUAACAAACAAUGGAUAUAUUCUGACUCAUCCAGAACUAAGGCCUUUGUAUGAAGAAGGGAAGAAAAGGAGGAAACCUAAUUACAGCAGUGUUGACCUUUCAGAAGUGGAGUGGGAGGACAGAGAUGAUGUGCUUAGAAAUGCAAUGGUAAACAGAAAAACUGGAAAAUUCUCAAUGGAAGUGAAGAAAACAGUGGAUAAGGCAAAACGGGUUCUUAUGAUGACAAAUGACUACUACUACACUGAUAUUAAGGGUACUCCUUUCAGCCUAGGUGUGGCUUUAUCUAGAGGACAUGGCAGAUACUUCUUCCAUGGAAAUGUAACAAUCGAUGAAGGUUUACAUGAUUUAGACCAUCCAGAUAUGUCUCUGGCAGAUGAAUGGACAUACUGCAACACAGACUUAAAACCUGCACAUCGGCAUUUAUCCCAGCUGGAUGCUAUAAAACUCUACCUCACAGGAAAACAGCCAUCACUUCAAUGUGACAAAGAGCUAAUUCAAGAGGUUUUAUUUGAUGCAGUGGUCACUGCACCAAUAGAAGCAUAUUGGACGAGUUUAGCACUGAACAAAUCAGAAAAUUCUGAUAAGGGUGUUGAAGUUGCAUUCCUUGGCACUCGAACAGGUCUGUCACGUAUUAGCUUGUUUGUUGGAGCUGAACAAUUGACAAACCAAGAUUUUCUCAGAGCUGAAGACAAGGAGAAUAUAUUCAAUGCUGAUCAUUUUCCACUGUGGUACAGGCGAGCAGCUGAACAAAUCUCUGGCAGCUUUGUUUAUUCUAUUCCAUUCAGUACAGGGUCAGAAAAUAAAAGCAAUGUUGUGACUGCCAGUACAGCAAUCCAACUUCUUGAUGAUAGAAAAUCUCCAGUGGCAGCAGCUGUAGGUAUUCAAAUGAAAUUAGACUUUUUUCAAAGGAAGUUCUGGACAGCCAGCAGACAGUGUGCCUCUUUAGAUGGAAAAUGUUCAAUAAGUUGUGAUGAUGAUAACAUAAAUUGCUACUUGAUAGACAACAAUGGAUUUAUUUUGGUCUCUGAAAACUACUAUGAGACUGGCAGUUUUUUUGGUGAAGUUGAAGGAGCUGUCAUGAGCAAACUCCUGGCAAUGGGAUCAUUUAAAAGAAUUAAUCUGUAUGAUUAUCAAGCCAUGUGUAAAACAACAAUUGACAGCAGUGGAAGUGCCCACAGCUUACUGGAUCCUUAUUAUGCUGUGUUUGCUGCAGUUAAAGGAAUUAUGGCUGAAAUAUUCUUAUUUUUAUUAGAAUUCAACCUGUGCAGCUGGUGGUAUUCAGACUUGACAGUGAAAGCACAGAGACCUAAGCAGACACUGGAGCCUUGUGAUACAGAAUAUCCAGCUUUUAUAUCAGAGAGAACAAUAAAAGAGACUACAGGAAAUAUUGACUGUGGCGAAUGUCUCAAAUCAUUUGUUAUACAGCAAAUUCCGAGCAGCAAUUUAUUUAUGGUAGUAGUGGACAACGAAUGUGAAUGUGACAGCUUUCCACCAAUCACAAUGGAACCUAUAGAAAUUAUGUAUAAUGAAUCUCUUAAAUGUGAGCGCUUAAAAGCACAGAAGAUAAGAAGACGGCCAGAUUCAUGUCAUGCAUUUCAUCCUGAUGAAAAUGCUCGUGAAUGUGGAGGAAUCCCUGAACUGCGACCACAGAUUACAACUGUGCUAUUUCUUCUGCUUUUAAGUCUUUUAGUAAGGUGACAAAAAUGGAUAUAUUUGUGUGGCAUGCAAAAAUUUCAAUUUCAUGGAUAAACUGAACUGGAAACAAGCAGACACUACAUAAGAGAACUGCAAUUCAGAUGAGCAUCACGUGUCAUGGCAUGUCACCAUUGCUAGAAGUCAGAUAAAUCAUGAACAUAAUAUCACUCCUUUGAGUUGCGAGUCAUGAAAUGUUGAUGUUUAUAUUAUGUGGUAAGGAAAAAGUUAAAAGGACAUGAGUCUGCAGAAGGAUAUGUUGCUAUAAAUGGCUUUGCCUCAUCUAUAAGAGUUUAUCCUUGUUUGUGUACUUUUUAAUAAAGUAUAUUACAAAACGUG